GCUGAUGGAAGUGCAGUCGUCGUGUUUGUGUCUUUUGUGUCGAACAUAAAAUUGGCUGUGGGUAGAUUCGUCGAUAUUUCAGAAGGGAAAAAGUUUUAAUUGAAGGGCGUCCAACCCGAAAAAUUGCGGUGAUUUUACAACUGUCUAAAAUGGCGUCGACCAGUGCCGGAAGUGGCGAUAAUAGCAGCAACAGCAGUAGCAGCAGCGGCUGGUACCCGCAGGUGACCCAUCAGAAGCGGAAUGGAUUCGAGGGGAAACUCGACGAGCCGCCGGAUUUGGAGGAGCAGAUAACGAUGGCAUCGAGCACCAACCAGCGGUAUUGUCGGCUGUGUUUGUCCAAGGAACAGCAAUUGAAACCAUUGUUUCCUCCGAAUGGAACCCCAGACGAAGCACUGCUGCAUAGGAUUCUUAAUUGCCUCACGAUUGCGCUUACCUUCGAAGAAGAUUACGAUACAUUCGUUUGCCGAAUAUGCAUACAGGAAGUGACGAAAUUUUUCUUCUACAAAGAACAGUGUCUGGCAAAUGAUUCAAUCCUUCGUGGGCGUCGGAAGCCAUCUAAAGUAGACUUCUAUGGUGACGUGCAGGAUAGCUGCCCUGCUGCGGAGUUGCUCAACGAAGAAAACGAGGAACAGCCGGAAGAUUUUGAACCAAUCGAUUCCGACGAAUUUGACAUCCCAGACGAGGAAGACUACGGCAAUCUAUCGGACAAUGUUAGUUCAUUUGAACCGCGUGAUCCAAUGCUGGGCAAUGGCCUCGCACUGGAGCCGUGGAAACUGAAGCCAUUGCCAAAACAGCGAGCUCGUCGCGAGAACGUACAAGACUAUUACUACGGAGGAUACCGCUACACCUGUGCCACUUCCCGUGCGAACGGCAAAGUCCACUGGAGGUGUAUGUACAAAUCGAAGCUCAAAUGCCGUGCUGCUAUUCUGGUUUCGCCGAAUGGAGCCGUAACCUGCGGUCCCCACCGUCAUAAUCACCAGCCGGACAGAAAACCUAUUCCUCACCCCAUGGACGGAACCAUUCUGGACGUACAUACCGGGCAAAAAGUAACCUACAAACUGAUCACAAGCCACCGGAGCAAAAUCUACCCAACACAAGUGGUUUGCAAUGGGUACAAGUAUCGGUACGCAAGAUCCACUCAGAAGCAAACGACAUACUGGCGAUGUAUGAAGCACAACGGAAAAGAGAACUGCAAAGCUAUUCUCUCGUUUCGAAUGGAUUUCACCAACUGCUCGUCCAAUGGCCACCCGCACAACCAUCCGGCCCAGUACGACAUGAAUCGCCCUUUACCUGAUUUCAUGGCGGAUGAACCUCAAUAUCCGGAACAAGCGGUGGUCAGUGUCAACAAUGGGAAUGGGGAUGGAGCUAGCAGAGUAGACGGCGGGAAAGCAGCAGGAGGAGGAGGAGGAGGAUCCGCCGCCAAGAAGAAUGUGAUGAUCCACAAGGGCUACGAGUACGGGUUUCCGCGGACCGAUCGACAGUACUCGAAGUGGGCCUGCUUCAAGAAGAGCCUGUUCAACUGCCCGGCGAAUGUGUUCACCAACUGGGCCGGGAAGGUUAUCAGAGAGAGCGAGUGGGCGCAUAAUCAUAGACCGAAUGACGACUACUCCAAGGAUACCGUGCUCGAUGGGUACAUGACGGAUUCGAAAACCAAGGAACAAAUCUACUACAAGCUGAUCCCGGGCAAGCGCGGCCAGCGGUUCGUCCUGUACAAAGGCUAUCGCUACUCGUCGGAUCGUUUCAUGAGCGAUGGCCGCAUCGCUUGGAAGUGCACCAAGUGCAAGGUGUUCAUCAUCAUCGCCGGUCGGUUUGGGUCGUUUGAGGAUCGAGGUGGCGAACACGAGCAUCCCGCUAUGGAGGAAGACGACGAACAGUUGGAUAUGGGAUCGUGUCUGCAGGAGCUGCCAAUGGAUGGGGAAGAACAGGAUGGCGGAGAUGGGGGCGUUGAGUUUGGUGUUAAGAAGGAGCUGGAUGAUGAUAGCAUGCAGCAGGAAUUUGGCGAAGAGGACGAGGAGGAAGAGGAGGAGGAUGAGGAGGCGGUUGGGGACGGAGAUCAGGACGAGUUUGCCAGCGAUGAGGAACAGUUGAUCAUUCCGUAGAAGGCUAUAAUUAGGGUGUUUUCAGGUAUGUACCGAGUCUGCAUUGGGUGAGAUAGAAAAACUUCCCUCAAAUCAGUCAUUAGAAUUAUAAGGCGUGAAAAUUCAAACCAAAUUUGCUACUUAUGAGGUAUUCGUUCGAAUUGUGACUUCUGAUAAAAACUUAAUAAUUGUAAAUAUUU